CGAGUGUUUGGUCUGUUUUAGAUUUUGAAUUAUUUUUUUCUUUCAAUUCUUACGUUUUUUUAGGAAUUGUAGCAUAGAAUGAUCUUUAUCUGAUAAUGAUCAAAUUCUAACGUGCCAUUUGUGACAACAGGACCACCGAAAAACGGAAUACAAAUUAAAUCGAAGAGGUCGACCCGAUAGUUUCACCGCUGUUCGAAGAUGACGGCGUAUGCUGGAUUUUGAGGAAGCCAGAUCUUUCAUUGAGCUGUUUAAGAAAGCAAAUGUGACGGGAAAAUUCUCCAAAUGUCGACUUUUUCAUCACUGAUUCGUCACUUUAGGCCAAUUGUACCAAUCGUGGCCUUCAACAUCAUGCCGGAAGUCUUCUCGUGUAAAAUGUUCAACUAUUCUAUGAGCGACACACUCUCGGCAAUCCUUAGCAAGACAUAUGACGAGCAGUACGGUGGCAAUGCCCGACAUCGAAUCCGUAACGCUGCGGAGCUCAACACACUGCGGGGAUUGCUAUAUCGAUCAGAUCAUCGAACAUUGUCAACCUGUUGGACCGACCUCUUUACCAGCUUCUACAACACGAAGGCAAUGGCGACGUAGUGUCGACGUUUCACUGUUGAUUUCCAGGAUCGGCCCGCUGGCCAAUUUUACCUUGGUUGUGAUCGGCUCAGAACACGGUACGUUCGAAUGACGUCUAAGCGGCUCAAGGUGAUUGCCGACUCGAAAUCCCCUAGGACGUUCAAAGCAAGUGUUACACCAGCCAGCAUAAAUUUGACCGACCGGUUGAACUAUGGUUAAACGAUGACGUUACUAAUAAAACCGUGAG